AACUGACAUCAAAAAUUAUCCAAUGUGCACACGAGGGACAUCCGGGUAUCGUACGGACGAAGCGCCGACUUCAAGAAUACUUUUGGUGGCCAAAAAUGAAUAAAAUGGCAGAGGCGUGUGUCCGGUCUUGCGAUGCAUGUCAGAAGGCCGACAAGAGCUCCAAACCGAUCGAUGCCCCCAUCCAACCUGUUACUUAUCCAAUGAAACCUUGGUCGAAGGUGGCGAUUGACAUCAUGGGACCGUUUCAUUCUGCGCCACAGCACCAGAGGAACUGCUUAGUUGCCACGUGCUAUUACAGUAAGUGGCCGGAAAUCCAUUUGUGUGGCGAUGUGACCACUUCAACCGUUAUACGGUGGCUGAAACAUCUGUUUGCUAGAUUUGGGUUUCCUGAGGAAAUUGUGACAGACAACGGACCACAAUUCACGAACUAUGAGUUUAAACGUUUCUUACAGCUUCGUGAUGUGAAGCACGUACAUACUGUCCCGUACAACCCAGCUGCCAACGGCAUGGUUGAGCGCACUAAUCGCACGCUAAAGGAAACUAUACAGACAGCACGUUUGUCCGGCAGGCAGUGGGAAGAUGCCGUUUUGGAGGCUCUGUUUACUCACCGAACAUCGCACCACAGAGCGACUGAUCGCACCCCAGGUGAGCUGAUGUUUGGCAGGAAGUUGCGUACGAAAUUAAACGCAGCUAUUUCGGCUGCAGAAAACAACGACCCCCACCAACUGGAACGUCGCCGGGGAUAUCAGUCAUCCUACGAAAAACGGGCCACAUCGCUGCGUCCUGGAACGUUGGUCAGGCUAAAGGAAAGGCAAACACGUAAAGGAGAACCGGCACUGACGAGACCCAUCAGAAUUACUCGUGCGCUAGGGCCAGGAACUUAUGAGUUAGCAGACGGCCGACGAGUCAACGCCAGACAGCUAUAUUCAGCACUUCAACCGAAGCAAUGUCCUGAAACGAGGGCCACCGCAGUGAACCAACCGCUGAAGAGGGGGAGUAGUGUGGUAGCGCGUACGCGCGGGCCUUACCACGACCGCACUUCGUAGCUUGUGAUUGGAUGCCUGUCCGUUCGCGAUCAAUACCAGGGUUGUUUUGAAUAUACUGAGUGCAUGUACCGUUGGCGUCAAUAGAAGUUUGUGUUGCGUACCUGUAGAGUUCUGCUUCCUCGUUCGGGGCUUUGGUCGUGUUUGUUCAAGACCCUGCGUGCAGGGGACUAGUGUACGUGUAGAUACAACAGUGGCGUCUGGGCUGUGGACCAUUACAAUGGCAUUUCACCUACUACCUCCAGAAGCCUUUUGGUGCGAUCCUGCUACUAGACCUACGGAGAGUGAUUGGAUCCAAUGGAGAACGUCUUUCACGAAUUACUUGGACCUACUCCCAGCAACUACUACUUACGAUGAGAAGCAAAAACUGAAACUACUUCGUCACCUGUUGGGCAAUGAAGGUCAACGUUAUUUCGAUGCGUUAGAUCUGCAGAAAUUCGACACACUUACAAAGGCAUUGGAUGUACUCGAUCAGUCAUGGGGUGCACGGCCAAACAUUUUCGCUGAACGCUACAAGUUCUGCUGUUUGAGGCAAGAAGAUGCAGAGCCACUGGAACAAUUUGUCGCUCGUUUAAUUCGGUCUGUAAAAACCUGUGACUAUACUAGCAUCCCGAAGAAUACACUUGAGAGUGUUAUGCUGACGCAGCAGUUGAUAACCGGUAUAAAGGAUAAUCGUAUACGCGAAAAGCUACUUUCCGAAGAUCCGUCAAAACUUACCUGGGAGAGAGCCAUAGAGAUCGCAAGACUAAUAAAAGCCGCCGUUGAACAUUCCAGCCUAUUCAAGUCGAGUGAUAUACUAGAAGUCAGUAAGAUUCAGCACAAGGGUUCCAGUCAACCUCAGAAUUCGACUGUUUCGUGCUAUAGAUGUGGGAGUUCUCGCCACAAAGCUGACUGUCAAACAUGUCCGGCUCGUACAGCUGAGUGUAAAAGCUGUGGUAAACUGGGCCACUUCGCCAGAUGCUGCCGCUCGCGUCGAGUCGCGUUAAUUGACCAACAAAAUGAUGUUUCCACCUCACCGACUACACCGAAUCUUUUUUCUAUCAGAAGACGAUUACAACCAGAAACACGACGAAUUGCUUCGCUGGAACCCAAGCUCCCUGCUCCUGACAUACGUACCGUUACACUCCAUGGGCUUAACACUUCUGUACCAGUGACUAUGGAGCUAGACUCGGCAUCGCCGAUAACAAUUAUCCCGUCCAGCAUUUACGACAAUUACCUGAAAGACAUUCCAUUACAUCCUACGUCGUAUAAAUUCGAAUCGUACACAAAUUCACGUGUGCAAAUUCGGGGAUAUAUAAUGACGAAAAUCAGUUUACUCUCAGUCGCAUCUGAUGUAGCUGUGUAUGUUGCCUCCGAAGACAGUCCAGCCUUGCUGGGGCGAAAUGCUAUGGUUGCCCUCAACAUAACACCAUCUAUCGAGCGAAUGCGCAUCAUGACAAUCAAAACAUCAGUACUUAAAAGCUUAUAUCCCAAAUUAUUUGCUGAGUCGAUUGGCCGGAUUCCAUCUGCUGCUCAUCGAAUAUGCCUUAAAAAGGACGCUAAACCGUUUUCGAUUUCGCAGCCACGUCCUAUUCCAUUGGCCAAACGUACGAUGGUAGAAAAGGCCAUACAAGAGAUGAUUUCCAACGAUUUGAUAGAGCCAGUUAACUGUUCCGAAUGGGUGCAUCCCAUGGUCACGGUGUUAAAGAAGGACGGUACUGUGCGCAUAUGCAACGACUUGAAAGCGUUGAACAGUCAGAUCGUCGUCGAAAAAUUCGUUCUUCCCACAGUUGACGAGUUGUUGGUCAAGAUAACUGGCGCGCGAUUUUUCUCAAAACUAGACCUGAGGAAGGCCUUUUUCCACAUGCCAUUGACACCAGAAUCCAGACCACUUACGGCUUUUCUGACAUCGAGUGGUCUAUUCCAGUACAAAGUCUUGCCGAUGGGACUUAGCUCCGCUCCAGCAGCUUGGCAGAAGUUUAUGAAUCACUCACUAGCAGAUCUACCGGGACAAAUCGCUUACAUGGAUGAUAUAUGCGUUUUCGGGAAAUCAAGAGAUGAGCACGACUCAAGGCUGCGCGCUGUGUUGCAGCGAUUGGAGAGCCUAGAUCUUCGGCUAAACCUGGAAAAGUGUAUAUUUUGUGCUACGGAUGUCGAGUUUCUUGGGUACGUCUUAUCAGCUGGUGGAAUUAGACCAUGCGCAGCUAACACUCGAGCUAUCACGGAAGCCCCUGUACCGAAGAAUACAUCCGAGGUUAAGCACUUUCUUGGUUUAUGCUCGUACAACUUGCGCUAUUUGCCCGAUUUUGCAACUAUAGCGGAGCCAUUGAGAAUGCUGACAAAAGAAAAAGCUACGUUCGAUUGGGGCUCUUCGCAGCAGUCGGCCUUUGAAGAAAUUAAAAGACGCCUCGUCUCCACCCCAAUGCUGGCCAUUUUCGACGAAAACUGCCCAACAUUCGUCUCAACGGAUGCGUCAAACAUCGGUUUAGGAGCGGUCUUGUCUCAAAUUCAGAACGGUGAGGAAAAAGUGAUUGCAUAUGCUUCUAGAAAGUUAUCCCCUACUGAAGUUUCAUAUUCCGCAGGUGAAAGGGAGGCCCUGGCCUGUGUAUGGGCCUGUGAAAAAUGGCACCUGUUUCUGUUUGGUCGGAGAUUUACAUUGCGCACGGAUCAUGCUGCUCUAACUACCCUCCUCAGCCGAGGAACCAAUGGUCACAGGCCACUACGGAUUAACCGCUGGUAUGCGCGGUUACUGAACUAUGAUUUUCAAAUCAUCUUCCGCCCUAGCUCCGAGAACCGUAUGGCAGAUAGCUUAUCACGUCUCCCAUUGGAUGAUUCCGACAAGAAUGAAGACGACGAAGAAAAAGUCAUGAUUUCUGCUUUACAAUCAAGUGAGCUCUCCGCGGUUACUAAACAAGAGCUUCAAGAAGCUAACCGGAGUGAUUCAAAUGUGCAAGAUGUCAUUCACUAUCUCUCUCAAGGCUGGCCUCGCUACGCGAAGUUGAGUGGUGAACUACGGGCGUUUUAUGUUUUACGACAUGAGCUAGCGGUCGUUGACGAUUGCCUUAUGCGAGGAUCGCGAUUCGUAGCUCCACAGAAACUGACAUCAAAAAUUAUCCAAUGUGCACACGAGGGACAUCCGGGUAUCGUACGGACGAAGCGCCGACUUCAAGAAUACUUUUGGUGGCCAAAAAUGAAUAAAAUGGCAGAGGCGUGUGUCCGGUCUUGCGAUGCAUGUCAGAAGGCCGACAAGAGCUCCAAACCGAUCGAUGCCCCCAUCCAACCUGUUACUUAUCCAAUGAAACCUUGGUCGAAGGUGGCGAUUGACAUCAUGGGACCGUUUCAUUCUGCGCCACAGCACCAGAGGAACUGCUUAGUUGCCACGUGCUAUUACAGUAAGUGGCCGGAAAUCCAUUUGUGUGGCGAUGUGACCACUUCAACCGUUAUACGGUGGCUGAAACAUCUGUUUGCUAGAUUUGGGUUUCCUGAGGAAAUUGUGACAGACAACGGACCACAAUUCACGAACUAUGAGUUUAAACGUUUCUUACAGCUUCGUGAUGUGAAGCACGUACAUACUGUCCCGUACAACCCAGCUGCCAACGGCAUGGUUGAGCGCACUAAUCGCACGCUAAAGGAAACUAUACAGACAGCACGUUUGUCCGGCAGGCAGUGGGAAGAUGCCGUUUUGGAGGCUCUGUUUACUCACCGAACAUCGCACCACAGAGCGACUGAUCGCACCCCAGGUGAGCUGAUGUUUGGCAGGAAGUUGCGUACGAAAUUAAACGCAGCUAUUUCGGCUGCAGAAAACAACGACCCCCACCAACUGGAACGUCGCCGGGGAUAUCAGUCAUCCUACGAAAAACGGGCCACAUCGCUGCGUCCUGGAACGUUGGUCAGGCUAAAGGAAAGGCAAACACGUAAAGGAGAACCGGCACUGACGAGACCCAUCAGAAUUACUCGUGCGCUAGGGCCAGGAACUUAUGAGUUAGCAGACGGCCGACGAGUCAACGCCAGACAGCUAUAUUCAGCACUUCAACCGAAGCAAUGUCCUGAAACGAGGGCCACCGCAGUGAACCAACCGCUGAAGAGGGGGAGUAGUGUGGUAGCGCGUACGCGCGGGCCUUACCACGACCGCACUUCGUAGCUUGUGAUUGGAUGCCUGUCCGUUCGCGAUCAAUACCAGGGUUGUUUUGAAUAUACUGAGUGCAUGUACCGUUGGCGUGAAUAGAAGUUUGUGUUGCGUACCAGUAGAGUUCUGCUUCCUCGUUCGGGGCUUUGGUCGUGUUUGUUCAAGACCCUGCGUGCAGGGGACUAGUGUACGUGUAGAUACAACAGUGGCGUCUGGGCUGUGGACCAUUACAAUGGCAUUUCACCUACUACCUCCAGAAGCCUUUUGGUGCGAUCCUGCUACUAGACCUACGGAGAGUGAUUGGAUCCAAUGGAGAACGUCUUUCACGAAUUACUUGGACCUACUCCCAGCAACUACUACUUACGAUGAGAAGCAAAAACUGAAACUACUUCGUCACCUGUUGGGCAAUGAAGGUCAACGUUAUUUCGAUGCGUUAGAUCUGCAGAAAUUCGACACACUUACAAAGGCAUUGGAUGUACUCGAUCAGUCAUGGGGUGCACGGCCAAACAUUUUCGCUGAACGCUACAAGUUCUGCUGUUUGAGGCAAGAAGAUGCAGAGCCACUGGAACAAUUUGUCGCUCGUUUAAUUCGGUCUGUAAAAACCUGUGACUAUACUAGCAUCCCGAAGAAUACACUUGAGAGUGUUAUGCUGACGCAGCAGUUGAUAACCGGUAUAAAGGAUAAUCGUAUACGCGAAAAGCUACUUUCCGAAGAUCCGUCAAAACUUACCUGGGAGAGAGCCAUAGAGAUCGCAAGACUAAUAAAAGCCGCCGUUGAACAUUCCAGCCUAUUCAAGUCGAGUGAUAUACUAGAAGUCAGUAAGAUUCAGCACAAGGG